AUGUUUUCUGCCAUUCUCACUGUCGCGGCGCUCUACGUCUUUUCAUGGGCUAUUUGGAAAAUCGGUCGAAGAUUCUACCGCAAGUCCGCACUCGACAACAUACCUGGACCAUCCGCGAAAUCACUCUGGCAAGGCGUUCUGCCUCAAGUUUUCAACGACAAUGCUUGGAGUUUCCAGAAGGAAAUGGCCGAGAAAUAUGGCGGGGUCGUCAAAUUGACAGGGCUGUUAGGUGACGUUCAACUGUAUGUCUUUGAUCCCAAAGCCAUGCACCACAUCGUCGUCAAGGAUACAAACACCUACGAAGAAUUAAACUUGGCGUUAUUUGGACGCGGCAUUCUGGCGGUAGUCGGGGAACAACACAGGAAACAAAGGAAGAUGUUGAAUCCCGUAUUUUCAAUCGCUCAUAUGCGUCAAAUGCUUCCUACUUUCUACAGUGUUGGUCAUAAGCUACGGGAUGCAAUUGCGAAGAAAGUUGAGGCCGGCCCCAUUGAGGUUGAGCUAGUGUCCUGGAUGACCAGAACCGCUCUUGAAUUGGUCGGCCAAAGUGGAUUCAGUGUUUCGUUCGAUCCCUUGACGGAGGAUGGGAUCCCUCACCCUUACACUGUGGCCGCAAAACAAGUCGUACCUCUCACCUUCAGAUUUUUCGUUUCGCGGAUUUAUCUCCUUCCUUUACUUAUCAAUAUUGGGACACCAAAACUUAGGCGUUUUUUCAUCGACCUCGUGCCAUGGAAGGACCUCCGCGACCUUAGAGAUCAUGUCGACAUUCUUCACAAGACUGCGGUGGAAAUCAUUGAAACUAAGAAGGCAGCACUUGCGGAGGGGGACAAAGCAGCCGCAAGGCAAAUUGGGCAAGGAAAGGACAUACUCAGCAUCCUGUUGAGGGCGAACAUAUCUGCUUCAAAAGAACUAUCUGAAGAAGAGUUGGUAGGCCAGAUAUCGACAUUGACUUUUGCGGCUAUGGAUACCACUUCCUCCGCGUUGUCGCGUACUUGA